UUGCGAUUCGGCCACAGUCGGCAUAUUGGAACUGAAGUAUAAUAUCACCGUUAUAAUGAGUGGCAAACUAAAAGUCGAACACUUGGAUUCCUCAACUCAGGAGCAAUUGACGGCUCUUUUCAAAGGCUGGAAUUUCGCUUCAUUCGGAGAUACAGGCUGCAUCAUGCCCACGACGUAUGCGUACGAAGCCGACAACUUUCUGAACAUGGCCGUCCGUCCGGACGACGUGUGGGUGGUCACUUACCCGCGGUCAGGAACAACCUGGACCCAGGAACUGGUGUGGCUGGUUAACAACAACCUUGAUUACGACAGGGCUCUGAAAUCGGAUUUGGGACACAGAUUUCCCUACCUCGAAAAAAGUCUUUUAGUCCGGUUGGACUUGGUAGGUCUCGCACCAGAGCAACACCAGUCCUUCGACAGGCCCUCAUACGAGCUGAUCGCCAACGCCCCCUCCCCCCGCUUCAUCAAGUCCCACAUCCCCCUCUCGCUCCUGCCCGCGAACCUGCUGGACGCUAAGGUGGUGUACGUGGCGCGGGAUCCGAGGGAUGUGGCGGUGUCUAAGUACCAUCUUAGUAGAGUGUUAUUGAACUACGUGGGGGACUUUAAAACAUAUUGGAAUCUUUUUGUGAAAGAUUUGGUAUUAUAUUCUCCAUUUUUCCCGCAUUUAAAAGAAGCGUGGGCGCUGCGUCACCACAAAAACAUGCUGUUCAUCUUCUAUGAAGAUAUGACUAAGGACUUAUCUUCAGUUAUUAAGCGGGUAGCAAGUUUCUUCGACAAAGAAUUGACCAAGGAAGACAUUGCACAACUUUGCCAGCACUUGGACAUAAAUAACUUCAGGAAGAACCAGGCGGUGAACCAGGAAAGGUUUCUAAAUGCAGUUGGUACUAAAGGCGAGACUUUCAUAAGAAAAGGUAAAUCAGGCAUGUGGCGCGAGCACUUCGAUGAGGAGAUGAGGGCGCAGGCGCAGAGCUGGCUGGACGAGAACCUCGCCGACACCGACCUGCGCUUCCCGACACACUCGUAAACAAAUAUAAAAAAUAUCGUUUGUUUCAGACUGUUUGU